UAUAGGAGGUCUGUGUUUCUUUACACCACAAAUGGUUGCCAUAACCUGACUCCAAGGCAGAGCUACAUUCAUCAGCCGAGAGUCAGAGAUGGCACUUCAUCAUAUCGCUGUGAUGGUACUCGUUGCACUACUGGCUGCCUCAUGCCUGGCCUCCCCGUUGUCUCAGGCUGAUGGGGCUACGGGAAAAGGAGCCCACGUAGCGGAGAUCCGGGCCAAGAGGGACAUCGCCCGCAAAGCGUUAGCACGGCGAGAGAACUCUGUCCAGACGCUGGACAACACCCGUGUGGAGCGGAUGCUCCCUCUGCCCGACGACCAGCGGGAGUACAUGAAUAGGCAAAUCAUGCAGGCCCUGGCAGAGAUCAUCAGCCAAAACGAGUGCUUCUCAGACAGAGACUACAAAGGCUGGGUGGACUUUGGGAAAAGAAGUGUGGAGUAACUUGUCAGCUGUGUUUUGGCGUACAGUGUUGAAUGUAAUGUAACUUCGAAUGUAAC